ACCGAAUUGGAACUGAAUCGGGUUGAUGUUAGGGUUGGAUUAUCUGGUUCUUUGUAUUUUAUGGAUGGGUCUCCUCUAGCAGUACGGCAGUUGCGAAAUCUUGUUUCACAGGAUCCUGUGCUUUGCAGUGUGACGGUAGGUGCCUCUCAAUUUUAAAGAUGUGGCUUUUUGGUUCAAGUCUUAUACUACCCGUUCUUUGGAAGUGGGACUGUGGGAGAUUAUGAUGGCGAUUAUUCUGAAGAGGAUCCGCAAAUUAUGAGGCUAAAGAGAAGCUUAAGGCCAGAACUUGGAGAACCUGUGAUUUUGAGGUGUCAGCCUUACAAGAUUCCAUUGACUGAGCUUCUCUUGCCUCAUAAAAUUUCACCUGUUGAGUUUUUCCGUCUAUGGCCUAGUUUGCCAGCUAUUGUGGAAUACACUGGCACAUAUAUCUACGAAGGAAGCGGCUUCAAGGCUACCGCUGCACAGCAGUAUGGGUCAUCUCCUUUCUCGAGUGGACUGAAAUCGUUGUAUUCCAAGCCUUUUCAUAGAGUUUGUUCGCACAUUAUUCGCACUGUGGCUGGGUUUCAGCUAUGCUAUGCUGCAAAAACUUGGCAUGGAGGCUUCUUGGGCAUGAUGAUUUUUGGAGCUAGUGAAGUGAGCAGAAAUGUGGAUUUGGGUGAUGAAACAACCACAAUGAUGUACAAAUUUGUAGUCCGAGCUUCUGAUGCAUCGAUCACUAAACAUAUUGAAUCGGAUCCACAAGAUUGGUUGGAUGAUCUGACUGACGGGGGUGUUGAAUACAUGCCUGAAGAUGAAGUGAAGGUGGCUGCCGCUGAGAGGCUUCGAAUUUCAAUGGAACGUAUAGCCUUGUUAAAGGCUGCACAGCCAAAGAAAACUCCAAAAACUGAUGAUAAAUCGGAGGAUGAGAGCGAAGACGAAGAAGAUGAAGAUAAAAAGAAGAAAGAAGGCGAGGAAGAUGGUAAACCUAAAGGACCUUCAACACUGUCGAAGCUAAAAGAAGCCGAGCACCGUGCUCUUCAAGCUGCUGUGCUGCUGGAAUGGCACAUGUUGUGUAAAGAUCGAAACAUGAAGAUCGGUUAGCUUCCGUUAUAUUUC